UUCCGCCGCGCCGGGCGGCUGCGGGGGCGCGGAGCUGGGCGUGGACGCGAGGGUGGGCCGGGUAACGGGCUUCUGGCGCGGAGCUCGAGGAGGGAGCCCGGCGCCCAACCGUCUGCACGCCGCGGUUUCCGCGGAGGCUGGUGUCCAGGGGCUCCCGGUGCCCGGCCGCGCAGAGCCGGUCUGUGUAAGCCAAGCGCCGGGGGGCCCGCGGCGUCCAUCUCUUUAUUGAGUUGGUUGCCCCUAAAAGACCGAAAAGCAUCAUUUUAAAAGCUCAGUUUUGACGCUUCUAUGGAAAAAUCAUUUCUGGCAGCACUGGACCCAGAAUCCCGUGUGUGACCCAUCACCUAGAGCUUCCCCCCAGGCCCCACCAUGUCCGGGCGGCAGACCCCGGAGCCGGCCCUCGACAGGCAGGGAGACUGCUCCACAGGCCCCAGGGACGAGGGUGCUGCCGACGGGAUCCAGCACUCCCAUCGCAUGCUCAGCUUCAGCGACGCGCUGCUGUCCAUCAUCGCCACGGUCAUGAUCCUGCCCGUGACCCACAUGGAGAUCACCCCGGAACAGGGAGAUGCAGCAAGCGCCGGGGGAAGCCCCCUGGGGUCCCUGCCUGCCGCCCCGGAGCAUCCCCAAAAGUCCGACAAGAGCGUACAGAACCUUCUAGCAACCAGGAUUGCUGUCUACCUAAUGACGUUCCUCAUUGUGACCGUGGCCUGGGCAGCACACACCAGACUGUUCCAGAUCGUUGGGAAAAUAGAUGACACGCUUGCCCUGCUCAACCUGGCCUGCAUGAUGACCAUCACCUUCCUGCCGUUCACCUUUUCCUUGAUGGUGACUUUCCCCGAGGUGCCUCUGGGCAUUUUCCUGUUCUGCGUGUGCGUGAUCGCCAUUGGGGCCAUUCAGGCACUGAUCGUCGUGUACGCCUUCCACUUCCCCCACCUCCUGAGUCCCCAGAUCGAGGGCUCCGCGCACAGGGCCCCGCACCGCCGGCACAUCCUGGGCAUCAUCCUCCAGGGGCCCACGCUGUGCUUGGCCGCGGCCGGCUUCUCCCUGUUCUUCUACCCCGCGGUGGUUGGCGAGCAUGUGCUCCCGUCCUGUGUGGUCUUUCUUCGCCCUCCUGGUCGGAUCCUUCAGUGCACAGGACGUGCUCGUCGUACAAGCUGGCACUCACCUGCUUCGUCUCCCGUGGCUCGUGCUGCCCUCUCUCCCGAGCGGAUGGCUCUGGGGGGCCAGGGGGUUCCAGGCGUCACACCCCGACACGUCUUGUAUCUCACGCAGUCAUACCUGCUGAUGGCGACAGUCGUCUUCCUCCCCUACAUCAGCAAAGCCGCCGGCUGGUGCAGGGACAGGCUCGCGGGCUCCAGGGAGCCCCCAGCCCACAGCCUGGAGUUCACCUUCGACCUGCAUGAGCCUCUGAGCAAGGAACGGGUGGAAGCCUUCAGCGACGGGGUCUAUGCCAUCGUGGCCACGCUGCUCAUCCUGGACAUCUGCGAGGACAACGUCCCCGACCCCAAGGAGGUGAAGGCGAAGUUCGGUGGCAGCCUGGUGGCAGCGCUGGGCACGUCCGGGCCGCAAUUCCUGGCCUACUUCGGCUCCUUCGUCACGGUGGGCCUGCUCUGGUUCGCCCACCACUCGCUCUUCCUGCACAUCCGCAAGGUCACGCGGCCCAUGGGGCUUCUCAACACGCUGUCGCUGGCCUUCGUGGGCGGCCUGCCCCUGGCCUACCAGCAGACCUCGGCCUUCGAGAAGCAGUCCCCCAGAGAGCUGGAGAGCGUGCGAGUUAGCUGCGCCAUCAUCUUCUUCGCCAGCAUCUUCCAGUUUGCCAUCUGGACCACCGCGCUGCUGCAGGAGGGGGAGACGCUGCAGCCCUCGGCCCGGUUUGGGGGCCGGGAGCACGCGUUCAUGUUCGCCAAGCUCGCGCUGUACCCCUGCGCCAGCCUGCUGGCCUUCGCCUCCACCUGCAUCCUGAGCAGGUUCAGCACAGCCAUCUUCCACGUCAUGCAGAUCGCCGUGCCCUUCGCCUUCCUGCUGCUGCGGCUCUUGGUGCGCCUGGCGCUGGCCGCCCUGCGUGCCCUGCGGGGCCUCGCCCGGCCAGGACGCACCCAGCCGGCACCCAGGGCCAUGGACGAUGCGCGGGCCCCACUCCUCCCUGCGCCCUGCUAGUGCCAGGCCCUGGCCCCCAGCCCAAGGUUGGCCCGUCCGGCCGGGGUCCCAGCCUUGGCUCUCAACUCCUCUUGUGAGACCUCAUGUUCGACCCCAGAGCCCUCAGCGUGUUUCCGCUUUUGCAGAGAAAGCCUCCUGGGAGCUUCAGUUGUGUUGCAUGUGCCCGUGUCUGUCCUCCGCCCCGCUGCCUCCAUCAAGCUAAGAUGAGGCCCAGGGGUGGCUGGGGUCCAGCCGGGAGCCCUGGGCAGGUGUGACACGGCCCCAGGUCAACAGGCAGCAGACCCUCCCCUGGGGCUCCCGUCCCUGCAACAUGCCUCAGGCGAAGACACAGGCGCCAGCAAGGGGACAGGGUGCCCAGACUGUAUUUGUCCCAGAUGGCAAUCGCGGCCAUCUUCACGCAGUGGGAAGUCACACAGGAGGGAGGGCGGGCGCCCUUGCAGCCACUCCGGGCGCAGCCUCGCUCAGUUCGAGGCCACGUCCUCCCAGACCCAAUUCACGGACAGUUCCUGUCAACCAGCGGGCCGCAGAGCAGACGCGAGCUGGCUCUACUCUGCGGGUGGGCACAAGGGGUGCGAGUCGGCCACUGGGGGUGGGUGCUGUUAAGAUGCACGGGUCUGGGCAUUUGGGGCACAAGCUGGCCGGGCCAUGUCUGAGGCCAAGUGUCAGGGCCAAGCCACCACCCAGGGUGGCAGAGGACCAGGAUGGUCGGGGGAGGGAUGGACUCAUGGACCCUCUUCCAGGCCUCGGGGGAUUCGCAGCAGCUUGCUCGACGGGGGUCAGUUCCCUCCAGGGUCUGGGCCAGCUGCGUUCGGGAGCUUGGUGUAGGGGCCCUGGCAGCCAUGGCUUCAUCCCAUGACCUGAGUUUCCACGUGGACAAGCACUGGGACCACACAGGUCCCAUCUGCCAAGCAGACAGAACCGGACACUGACGUGGCAGGUAGGGGCAAAGCACUGUGUCGACCUUGGUCAUUAAAGCUGCUCCCUGCUCACA